AUGGCGGCCAAGUACGGCCUAAUGCUACAUCAGAUGGACGUCAAGACAGCGUUUCUUAACGGCUCCCUCAACGAAGACAUCUACAUGGACCAGCCGGACGGAUACCUGGAUGCAACACAGCCGGACUAUGUGUGCAAGCUAAAGAGAUCACUCUACGGCUUGAAGCAAUCGCCUCGCAUGUGGAACCAAACAAUCGAUGGGUUCAUGAUCAAGAUGGGAUUCAAGAAGUGCGAAUCGGACCACUGCAUCUACAUCAAGCGAGACGACCAAGACAUGAUUCUCGUGGUGCUCUACGUCGAUGAUCUCAUCCUGGCCAGCAGCAACAACGAACUCCUCAAGCCAACCAAGAUGGCGCUGAGCAAACGCUUCGAAAUGACGGAUCUCGGUGAGCUCGAUUACUUUCUCGGCAUGGAGAUCAAGAACGACCGUAAGACGGGAAUGGUGACUGUACAACAAACCAAGUUUCUCAAGUCCGUGUUAACCAAGUUCGGAAUGGAUAACAGCAAGCCAGUGAAGACGCCUCAAGAUCCCGGCCUGAAGCUAACCAAGAACAUGUGUGAACAAGAAUGCAAGCACGAAGACACCAUGUGCAACGUGCCAUAUCGAAGUGCUGUCGGAGGCAUCAUGUAUCUCAUGGUCGCCACACGUCCGGAUCUAGCUGCUGCAGUGGGAUCAUUAUCCCAGUUCUCGUCCGACCCAUGCCCGACUCACUGGCAAGCUUUGAAGCGUGUGCUGAGAUACCUGCAAGCAACGCCCAAUCAUGGUCUUGAGUUUACACGUGAAGAAGGAAGCCGUAUCUGCGGGUACACCGACGCAGACUGGGCCGGCGACAUUGAGUCAAGACGAAGUACAAGCGGCUAUGUGUUCAUGAUGAGCGGAGGAUGCAUCAGCUGGAAAAGCCAGAAACAACGGACGGUCGCGCUAUCUUCAACAGAAGCAGAAUACAUGGCGCUUUCCGAAGCAACCAAAGAAGCAGUAUGGCUCAAAGUGCUUUUGGGGGAACUUGGUGAGAUGACAAGCGACGAAGCGAUCAAGAUGUAUGAAGACAACCAAGGAUCAAUCGCUCUCGCCAAGAACCCGGAGUUCCAUAAGAGAACAAAACACAUCGACAUACGCUACCAUUUUGUGCGUGAGAAGGUGGAAUCAGGUGAAGUCGUUUUGGAGUAUUGCCCGACUCAAGAUAUGCUGGCAGACAUGAUGACCAAGCCGAUCGCCGCUGUACAAUUUGAAAACAUUCGCGAUCGACUUGGGAUCCAAGGUGCCGCAGCUAACGAGUCGAGAGGGAGUGUUGAAAAGACAGCGGCUGUGAAGAAGACACCUCGUCAAGCUGCGUCAAGUGUUGAAGCAAGUGGAAGACCAAGCUUCGCUAUACCGGUGGGUACCGGUAUGUACCAGUAA